CAGAUACAAGUUGACUCUUGACCGCUGCAACGCAUUGUGGGGGACAAAAUACACAAUUUUCGCAACAAUCGCGACGACGUAACGUGCAGAACGUCACGAUAAUCCGGCAAAAUUGCACGAUUGUCACGUGUGUCGCAACGACGCACGCGCCCGACGCUGUCAAUCUCUGACAUUUGUGAAUGAACUCUUUGCAAGGGAUUUAUAUUAUUAUGGAAAUCUUCGUUGGUGCGAAAAAUAUUUAAAAUUAAUAGUUGUGUGCACCGUUAUGCUGUGAGAAAGUUCCCGUCGUUCCGAACCACAACAACAAUCGAAAGGAUCAUCGUAAACAUGGUCGUGAAAACCCACCUAAAACGCAAUGUGAGAAUCCUCCUGGUCGGCGACAAAGGGGUGGGCAAAACGUCCCUUAUACUGUCGCUCGUCAGCGAGGAGUUUCCCGAAAAUGUGCCGUCAAAAGCGGAGGAGAUCACCAUACCAGCAGACGUGACCCCAGAACAAGUGCCCACUAAUAUAGUCGAUUAUUCGGCUAGCGAUCAAACUGACCAGGAAUUAAGUGAGCAAAUCAGAAGGGCCAGUGUAGUUUGUAUUGUGUAUGCAGUUGAUGAUGAGGAUAGCAUCGAGAGGAUAUCCAGUUACUGGAUACCUUUGAUCCGACAGAGCCACCCAGAUGAGUGCUGUCCUGUUGUUUUGGUGGGGAACAAGAUAGACCUAGUGGAAUAUUCAACUAUUGAUGGCUUGGUUGAAAUUAUGGAGGAGUAUCCGGAAAUCGAAACAUGCAUUGAAUGUUCGGCGAAAACCUUAAAAAACAUCUCGGAAAUGUUCUACUACGCACAAAAGGCCGUAUUACAUCCGACAGCGCCGAUUUACUCCGUAGAAAACUCCGACUUGACGGAAGCGUGCCAGAAAGCGCUGGUGCGCAUUUUCAAGAUCUGCGACAUAGAUUGCGACGGUUUGCUUAACGACAUCGAGCUGAACAACUUUCAAACCAGGUGCUUCAACGCGCCACUCCAGCCGCAAGUUUUGGACGACGUGAAGGCGGUACUGAGGAAGAACAGCGACGACGGCGUCUAUCAAAAUUGCGUCACCUUAAAGGGCUUCCUCUAUUUGCACAGUCUGUUUAUACAGCGUGGCCGGAACGAAACCACGUGGACGGUGCUGAGGAAGUUCGGGUAUAAUGAUCACUUGAACAUGGCCAAGGAUUAUCUAUUUCCUACGUUGAAGGUCCCGAACGGCUGCACAACGGAACUGUCGCACAAGGGUCAGCAGUUCCUGACGCACCUUUUUGAACGACAUGAUAGAGAUCGUGACGGAGCACUCUCGCCGGCUGAGUUCGAGGAAAUGUUUUCGACGUGUCCAACGCCCGCGUGGCCUCCCGACGUCAGCGCUAUGGUGCCAACGAACGAGAAAGGGUGGAUUACCUAUCAGGGGUAUAUGUGCCAAUGGUCGCUGAUGACCCUCGUCGAUCUGCCACGGACGUUUGAGUAUUUGGCAUAUUUGGGCUAUAAUAUAUACGAGAACGAGAAUCAAACAUCAGCAGUUUAUGUGACCAGAGAAAAAAAACUGGAUUUGGCUAAGAAACACUCAAGUCGCAACGUUUAUCAAUGCCACGUAAUCGGUCCCAACGGUGCUGGGAAAUCGACAUUCUGCAGGAGUUUCAUUAAGACGUUCAUGGAUUUGAAAAAUUUAAAUUUGGACAAAGCGGGAACGCCACAAUGUACCGUGAACACUGUACAAGUUUACGGUCAGGAAAAAAUCAUGGUGCUGCGGGACAUAAAUGUGAGAUCGAUGUCCGAUCCUUUAAUGGCGAGCGAAGUGCAAUGCGACGUCGCCUGUCUUGUCUAUGACAUUAACGACGAAAAGUCCUUUGAAUACAUCGCCAGAAUAUACAUUAAAUAUUUUGCUGAGAGCAAGAUACCAGUAUUGGUGGUGGCAUGCAAGGACGAUUUGGAAGAGGUGCGACAAGAAUAUCUAUUACAACCAUCGAGUUUCUGUCAGAAAUAUAAAAUAUUGCCGCCGCAACGUUUCAGCGUCAAUUCGCAUCACAAGAAAGAUAUUUUUAUUAAACUGGCCACUAUGGCUUCGUUUCCUCGUUUUCAAGCUGCUUGGAUUAUGUUCUACAAGCACAGUCCAUUGCGUCGCAUGGUACAUAUGUUACUGUUGAGGCCACAACCGACAGAGUGGUUUAAUGUGUUCUACAGGAACAUCAGGGACUUCGGCACGAUCAGCGGCGAUUCGGCGGUGUGGUGGAAGGCGGGCUUGAGUCUGGCGGCGGUGACCGCUUUUGGAAUUGUGAUAGCGAAGGUGCUAAACACACCCGACAAGGUCAGAUAGUCUGCGAUUGUAUUGUAAAAUAAAAACGAUUUAUUUUCA